CACCCUGAGGUAGCAGGAUGCCUCCCUUUCUCCUUCCAUUUCCCCUGUGGUUUGGCUCAACUCCGAGUUUGCCUGUGUCCCUCCUAGGUGGCAGAAUAGCUGUUUUCCAGGCAGCUUUCAAGAGAAAGAAAAUGAAAAAGAACCCAGGACGCACUGCUAAGAUCAGGGGUCUAAGAAGACGCAGAAAAGAAAAUGCCAAUUUUAGUGCUGAGUUGCUUCCCGUGACGUGUGGUAACUUGAAGGGAGUGUUACACAAGGAUAAAUUCAAACAAGGGAUAUCUGUGAAGUCCAUACAGUGUCAGAAUGGAAACUGGUUCACACCCUCGGAAUUUGAAAUGAUGGGAGGCUAUGGAAAGUCAAAGAACUGGAAACUGAGCCUGCGCUGCCAUAAUUGGCCCCUGAAACUCCUAAUCCAGAGAAAUUUUCUACCCAAUCCUCCACGGAUACAUCGCAAAAGAAAAGAGCCUGACUCCCCGCGGGACUUCCAAGGCAGCAUAACUUCGGGUCCAGACUGGGCUGUCAGGCUUUUCCAGGAAGGAUCCAGGAACCCCUUAACUAAUCCAGGCAGUGACCUGGGAGAACUCGGGAGAACCCGUGGCAGCCCCAAGCAUCCAGGUGCGUUCUGCUCUUGGGCUCUGCAACUAGAUUCCUGA